AUGAAUUCUAGAUCCCCUUCUCCCACCACGCCCAAGAGCCCCUGUCCAAACUGCUCCAAGACGUGCAAGAUCACGUCCAUCUACUGGCCAGAGCUAAAGCAGAUUCUAGAAAAUGACCCCAGCAGGUUUGAUGACCUCGAUCUAGAAUGCCUCUGCUUCGAGCGCAUGUCCAUCUUUGAGGAUGACCACGUCAGAGACCCAGCGAUGGGUAGUUACACCCACGGAGCUCACGUCCUCCCCUGCGGUCACAUCUUUGGCGAAAAAUGCCUCGUACGCAUGUGGGAGUAUGCGAAUGAAGCUGAUGGCUGGUUCGCCUGCCCAGCGUGUCGUCAGGCUCUUGGUUAUCAUCCGCACUGCUACCACGACCUCAACUCCCUUCCCAUGCCUCAGUCACUGGAAGAAAUCAAGCAAUUCCCCUAUUUUAGAGACAACGUCCUCAUAUCAAACAAGUGCGGCGACUGCAUCAUGAUGGACGAGGUCAGGAACCUCAGCUCCAUGGCGCAGAACCAUCUUCCCCCGAUGGACCUCCGCGAGGGUGAGUAUCUGGGCGUGUCCAUCUGCUCUCCCGAUGCCAUGUGGGCACCUUCGACGGAUCCCUACAAGGCGGACCCUAUUGUACGAACGAUGCAGCCUUUUGGGGCGUUGAAGGACUUUUGCGAAUUUUCGCGGAAGUCGAUGUCGGAGAACUGGGAGGGGGUGUGGAGGUCGGUGGACUUUCGGGAGCUGGAGUAUCGUCUUCAUGUUUUUAGAGUAUCGGGAUAUCCUCGAGUGUAUACUUGA